AUGUUGCAGAAGACCUACGGUGAAUCGUGCAUGUCAAAAACACAGGCAUAUGAAUGGUAUAAAGCAUUCAAAGAGGGCCGAGAAGUGGUAGUUGAUUUGCCUCGUUCUGGUCGACCUGCGACGUGUACGAACGACGAAAACAUCGACAAAAUCAAGAAGCUGGUGCUCGAAAAUCGUCGUAUGAGUCUUAGAGAGUUGGCUGAAGAGGUCAACAUAUCUUUAAAGUCCGUUCAUAACAUUAUGACUGAUAUUUUGGGCAUGAAACGGGUCGCCGCACGACUGGUACCAAAAGAGCUCAAGUUUCUCCAAAAACAGCAUCGUUGUGCAAGAGUUUUUGGCUAA